AUGGAGACCCGGAAUGCCCCUCCCCAAGAAUAUGAAAGUGAUGAUGACUCUUACGAAGUGUUGGAUUUAACUGAGUAUGCAAGAAGACACCACUGGUGGAAUCGAGUGUUUGGCCACAGUUCCGGACCUAUGGUAGAAAAAUACUCAGUAGCCACCCAGAUUGUAAUGGGUGGAGUGAGUGGCUGGUGUGCGGGAUUUUUGUUCCAGAAAGUUGGAAAACUUGCAGCAGCUGCAGUAGGUGGUGGCUUUCUUCUCCUUCAGAUUGCCAGUCACAGUGGCUAUGUGCCGAUCGGCUGGAAGAGAGUUGAAAAAGAUGUAAACAAAGCAAAAAGACAGAUUAAGAAACGAGCAAAUAAGGCAGCACCUGAAAUCAACAAUAUAAUAGAAGAAGCAACAGAAUUUGUUAAACAGAACAUUGUGAAAUCCAGUGGAUUUGUGGGAGGCGUUUUGCUAGGGCUUGCAUCUUAAAGAUAUGAAUGUUCUAUCAUAGUGGAGUCACCUCUGAGAAGAGAAAUUGUGGUGACAAGAUGGUCUCAACAUUACCCAUUGACAGAUUCUCCAGGAUGACAAGAAACAACUAGCUGGACAGUACCAAACUCACUGCUUAAUAUUUUGCCAUCUGAAAUUUGGCAGACUAGUAUCUGCUAUAAAACAAUCUAUAUGAUCUGUGUAUAAUAGUAUUCCUGAGCAAAACAUGGCUUUCAUUAUUUUUUAAAAACUUGCAUUUGCUUAAAAUUUGCCUAUAAAACACCACCAUUGGAUGUAGAUAUGGAGAGAGAAAAAAAUCUGUUGGCUAUAUUCCCCAGUGAAGUAUCAUCCUCAUUUUAUUUAAAUAAGAUGUUCUCCAUUGUGCUUUUUAGUAUAAUAACAAUAAUUUAAGAAUUUGUAUUAUAGCUUCAACAGUAGGGCUGACUUUUUUUAAAGAUAUGUUUGCAAUAAACUGAAAAACUGU